GUGCUUUGUCUUUUCCUUGCUGGUUGGUGUAAAUGUAUGGUUGCAUUUUAGUGGACAUCUUCUUCAGAAUUACAAUGAGAAACUGUGGAUCGGAAUUGGUAAACUGAAUCCAGAUAAAGAGAAACAUCAGUCCUUCAUUUUCUGAUUGAAUAUUUUAUUCAACUUUCUUCAACAAGAACACCGAGCGUUUAACCUUUUCAAGCUGAAACCGGUAGAAGAUAAUUUGUGCAAUAAUUUCAAAGCUAAUCCUAUAAAUUAACUUGGAUUGUUAAUUACUGUAUUGGUUUCAAGGAUAUAAUUUCUGUAGAAAAUGGCUUCAACAUGGGGCGGAGGGAGAGGUCGAGGAGGAAGAGGUCAAGGUAUAGAAUUUGGACGUGGACGAGGUGGCAGAGGAGGUAACUCAUUUAAUGAGGGAGUCAAUCGAGGAGGAUAUAAACGUCCAGUAGAUAAUUAUGAUCCAUUGGAUAUUAAAAGAUCAAAAACAUCAUCUGUUGAAGAGAUGAGCAAAAUGAUAGAGGAUUCCCAAAGAGAGAUAGCCAAUCUAAAAACUAGUAAUGUUGGAGCUGAUCAUGUAAAUCAAGUAUUAGAGAAACAACAGAAAUUACUGGAAAUGCAGUCUAAAAUGUUAGCUGGUUUAGGAGGUGUUCCUGCUGUACAAGAUGUUGAACCUUUCUCUCAGUCCAGUUUUAAUAAUGGAAGAGGUAGUGAUACUAGUAAUAGAGGUGGUUUUGCCACGGGCCGGGGUCUAGGCGGAGAGACCAGAGGUAGAGGUGGUGAUUCAGGACGAGGUAGUUUCAACAGAGGGCGAGGUGGUGAUAUAGGUUAUGGAGGUGAUGCGGGUCAAGGCAGUUUUACCAAAGGACGAGGUUAUGAUGUUGGUUAUGGUGGUGAUGUAGGACGUAGCAGUUUUACCAGAGGACGAAUUGGUGAUGUAGGACGUGGCAGUUUCACCAGAGGACGAGGUGGGGAUGUAGGUUAUGGUGGUGAUGUAGGACGUGACAGUUUUACCAGUGGACUAGGUGGUGAUAUAGGGCAUGACAGUUUUAGCAGAGGACGAGGUGGUGAUGUAGGGCUCGACAGUUUCAGCAAAGGACGAGGUGGUGGUGCAGGAUACAACAGUUUUACACGUGGUCGAGGUGCUGAUACAGAACAGGGUCGAGAUACCAGAGGAAGAGGCAGUGAUUCACGCAGCAGAGGCCGGGGUAGAGGUUAUGGAUCACCUGUGGAUGAUCCAUACUAUUCACUGGAAAAUUUAGACUAUGGUUCAAGCUCUUAUCCAAGCGAUCCAGUCCGCGGACGGGUCUCUGACUUUGGUUCUUAUGCCAAGGAUCCCUAUACUGAUGUUCCGUAUGCUGCAGAUCCAUAUGCUAAUGAUUUGUAUGCCAAGGAUCCUUAUGCUCCUGAUCCCUAUGCCCCAGAUCCCUAUGCCCCAGAUCCCUAUGCUGCAGAUACAUAUAGAAGAGCAGAGGACCCUUAUCGAGGAAGAGAACUUCCACCUGCUCGAGGUGAAUAUGAAAUGUAUGGCAAAGAUCCUUAUGGAGAGGAUAGAUAUGAUGUACCUUAUGAGGAUCCUUAUGCUCGUGUACCUACAAGGGAUCCCUUGGGUUAUGAAGCUGAGGAAAGCCAUUUAGCAAGGAGCGCUGGUACCAGAGGUCGAGGAAGAGGAUAUCCACCAACAAGAGGUAAACCCGGAGGUGCUUAUGCUGGACGAGGUGCUUAUCCAGUUGAAGACGCUACUGAAUACUCAGUCAGUGUAGAAGGAAAACUAAACACUUUCAGUAAAUUACUGUUUGAUUAUAAGGAUAUCUAUUCACCAGUUUCUGCCAUUGAAACUACAAGACAUGACAAUACAGAAGUAGUCAAGAUUCGUACUAUUUAUGAAACUACUGAGGAUGUGUCCAAAGACCUCUAUAUUGGUGGUUAUUUAAAGAUAAAUGGUGUGUUGUUAGCAUCUGAACGUGGUUUAACUAACCAUCAUGUCAAAGACAAGGUUUACUCCAAAGCUGUUUAUAUGCUGUUAUCUAAAACUGUAAGUGAAAUUUUUGCAGCAGGUAACAUACUUGCAGUAGCACUGAAUAAGGAAGCUUCUGAACAAGGACGAAAACAUAGAACUCAUCGAUUUGUCCAUUAUCGUCUUCGAGCAUUAGUCAAUGUUUUACGGGAAGAAUUAAUGGAAUCGAGCAGAUUCGCAUCAACUGAAAACAACCUUGUUCAUCAGUUUGAUUUAGCAAGUGGUAAUGCUGAUGCAGGAGUUACAUUAGUCUACUUACAGAAUGAUGCUACUAAUACAGUUAUAUGUGAACUGUAUGCUGAUGAUCUGAUGCUUGGUUCUGGAGAAGCUAAGGAUAAGAAAACGGCUUACCAGUUUGCCUAUCGUAAUGCCAGGCGUCUCAUGCUACAUUUUGGCAUAACACCAGAUGAAAUAAUUAGUGAAAACAAGCGAUUGCAGGAUUUGGAUUACUUUAGUCCCAGUGUGAUUGAUGUACAAUUUAAGGCCAAAAAUUAUGAAAGAGGAACUAACUUGUUUGCACUGAAGAAAAGUUAUCCAGAUACGGUUGUAGAGGAUGUUAGCGGGAAGCGAGAUGUCGUCUUAUACGAAUAUGGUCGUGCUUAUAACUCUGAUUCAUACAAGCUUCUUGAAGCAGUGGCUUUAGCUAACCGCAUGCAAUUGGAAUACACAAUGUACAGUAGAGAUGAAGAGGCUGUCUACAGGACUUUUAUUUUCUUACACGAGAAGGUGGUAGGAGAAGGUUUUGGUUAUAAUAAACUUGAAUCCAAACUGAUUGCUGCUGAUAAAGCUUACACAUAUCUGAAGCAAAACUGUACCAUUGUACAAAUUGAAGAUCGAAAUUAUAAAAACUUGUCCAUCGACUUCAACAGAGCAAAAGUUAAAGCACGACAGCUGAAGAAUGAACAACCAGAUUUAGAAAGUACAUUUGAACCGUCAAAUUAUAUCGCACGUGGUGCAACUGAUCCAGAACCUGAUGAACUCUCACCUUGGAUUGACCAUAUAUUGGAGGGUAUGAUAAUCAACUUCAGUCGUAGUACUGGGUUCGAAGAGCUGAUAUUUGGAAAUGAUUUCCCAAACUACCAUGUCAUCUGUCUAAAAGAAAGAUGCAAAAAUUACGCUGUUACCUUGACAAUUAAAAGAGGUGGCAACAACCAGUUUAAAAAUGGUUGUAUUAUUAUUCAGAAAGAUUUCCUUAAAAACGCAGAUCCUCAGACAUUGGUUGAAAAGCUUAAGAUUUUGGGUUGUAGAAGUGGUCGUUAUAGUUUGUUACAAUAUAAAGAUGAAAAUGAUAUCAUUGUGCAAUGUUAGCUGUAAAAUCAGCCAUCUUUUGUGAAUGUAAUGUUUUUAUACACCCACAUGGAAAUGUGGUUGUAUAUUGUCCUCACUCCCAUCUUGUGAACACUCUAAAGACAAAAAUUAUCAUCUGAUCUGUAUGAAAUCUAUGUGCAUCCUUUAAAUUAGUCUUUUAAGGCCCUUGAAGGCCCUUGUGGUAGUUUGUAGCACCUUGUGAACCCUCAAAGGACGAAAAUUAAAUCUAAUCUAUAUGUUCUUGUAAAUACCCCCUCUCCAUUACCUACAAAAGAUUAAAUAUGCGACAACCCUUGUUGACCUGUCUGACGAUUUAGCUGCUGUGGGCGUAUGUUAUGUUGCCUGGCAACCUAUCUUUAACAUGUGUACAAAAUUUAGGACAUUCUUCAAGACCAUAUAUAAAUACAUACUUGUACAAAUAUGCCAUAUCUAUAAGAUUCAUUUCCACACAAGAUCAUUGUUCUUGUAUUAAGUAUUUCAAGAAUUUAAAGCAUUUUGUUAAUGUAAGAAUUUCUAGGAAAACAAAUGGUUAUCAAAAUAGUACGCUGAAUUUGUUUCCAUUAGGGCGUUAAACACCUUUUCAUUUCAUUGAAAGAAAUUUAUUAACUAGCCCGUAUUUGUUAUUUUUGUACCUAAAUACUUCUCCAACCCGAACAUUUUAUCUAUCAUUCUUAUGAGUAGUUCAUUGUUCACAUUUACAUAUUGAUACUUCUAUAGAUCGGUAAAAUAUAGUUUUAUAACAUUUUUCUUUUUUUCAUCUUUUAUGUUUAAAUUAAAAUAUCAUCUUUAUUCAUAUUGCGACCAUAUUGUCCCCCAUCUUUUGAAGAAAGCAGGGGAUUAUUUAAAUGCGUCUGUCAUCCUUUUUGGACACAGAAAUUCUCCUAAUUGAUCUGAAAUGUUCAAACUUGGUAUGGGUGUUAGGUGAAUGCCUUGAUGGAGUUUGAAUAUGAGCAUUUUUUGCUUAGGGUAAGCAAAAUUAAUAAGCAAUUGGAUUGGUUGAUGCUUUGGGACGUGUCACCUUUGGUCCUAUUAGUGAGAGUGAUGAAACUUAGUGUAUAGUUUCGUCACAUCAAUACCAUGACUAAAUUCGAUAAUGAGCAUUUUCGGCUCGGGGUAAGCAGAGCGAUAAGCAAUUUGAUUGGUCGAGACUUUGGAACACAAUAACUCUCCUAAUUGAGGUAGAAUGUUCAAACUAGGUGUAGGUGUCUAUUAGGUGAUUGCCUCGAUAUGAGUUUGAUCAUGCAUAUUUUCCGAGACAAUUUGAACACGACAAUUUUGGUUCUAAUUGGGUGAGAUCAAUCAAACUCUCGAGUAUAGAUUGCUCGAUACUUUUGAAAAAGAAAAAUGUGCAAUUAAUGUGUCAUCUAUUUAUUUUCGGGGGACAUCAGCCUCACUGUUGGCUUGUUUACUAUAAUUUUAGGACAACAAUCAUUCCUUGGUUGGACUAUGUAUUUUCAAAAGAAAUCUGUUUUACUGUAAAUCUUCCAGGAUCUUUUUUGUUCUAUUCGUUAUUAUGUAUCCAUGAUGUCCUGUUCGUUGUUUCGUAUUGAUGUUUUAUAUAAUCAUGAACAAUUUAUGGUUAUAGAUUGUUGGGUAUUUUUAAAAAUAAAAUGAUCCUAUUUAGA